AUGGCUUCAAAUCUCAAAGACUCCUUUCAGCCUCUGUCACCAGAAAAUGGUGGUGAGGUAGAAAACAUAGAGUUUAUUACAAGCCGGGUUUCUCCUGUGCAGUGGGAAGAAGUCAACUCUAACACUGCUAGUGUUUGCCUCAACUUUUCCCCAAAUGACAAUGGCUCCUGUGUAAAGCGGGAGUUGCAAACACUCUGGGAGAUGUUUAACUCAUGGCUGAAGCCAGAAGAACAGACCAAGGAGCAAAUGAUUUCCCAGCUGGUCUUGGAGCAAUUUCUCAAAAUCGGGCAUUCCAAAGACGAGUUGGCUGUAAAAGAGUUGUGGGAAUCAAGUGGACAAAACCUGGGGAAUCUCAUGCGGGGACUGACUGACGAGUGCUUGAAGCCUCCUGUCAUGGUUCAUGUCUCCAUGCAUGGGCAGGAAGCACUAUUUACUGAGAACAUGACAUUAAAAGAAGUCAUCGAGCGUUUUAAGGAACAGCAAUUGGUAACAGCAUCAACUCUAGAGAAUGAAAGGACACAUUUGCCGAUAUCCCAAGACAUGUUAUUAGCAACAGGUGAGUGUCAGGGAGACAGUAAAGAUUGCCAAGAUUAUUCCUGGAACUCUAGUGAAGAAAAGGUUGUGAUACUAGUUGAAAAUGACAUGGAUUCUCUUUUCAUUAUCCAAACAGAUAAUUUUCAUGAUCACAACGAGGGAGCUGUUUCUGAUGAAAUCCGUAUGGAUCAGAGAACACGGCACGAUGCUGCCAGGUACCAGGAAGAAUCUCAGAGUGCAGCUUCUUCUGGAGAUGUCCCCAUGGUGCAGGUACAACCAGGAGCUAUUUCUUAUGAAAUCCCUCCGAAUAUCAGAACACCUCAGGACACUGCCAGGUACCAGGAAGAUUCUCAGAGUGCCGCUUCUUCUGGAGAUGUCCCCAGGAUGAAGGUACAACCAGGAGCUAUUUCUGAUGAAAUCCCUCUGGAUCUCAGAACACAUCAGGACACUGCCAGGUACCAGGUAGAAUCUCAGAGUGAAGCUUCUUCUCGAGAUGUUCCCAUGGUGGAGGUACAACCAAGAAUUUCCUCAGGACCAGCACAGACUGAAGACUUCCCGAGUCAUGCAGCAAACUGCACUUGUGACUAUCACCACAAGAGACUCCACAGAGACACAAACUCUAAUCUUUCUGAUCAUAAGAAAGGUCAAAAGAAUGAGAGGUCAUUUGUAUGUAAAACAUGUCACAAAGGCUUCUGUACUGUCUCAGACCUGAGAGUCCAUGAGAUCAUACACAAGGAAGAGAAGGUUUUCAUAUGUCCUAUAUGUGGAAGGCCAUUCAGCCAUAAGAACAACCUGAAAGUUCACAAGAGAAUACAUACAGGAGAGAAGCCCUACACUUGCUCCAAGUGUCAGCAUAGUUUCCGCCAAUCGUCCUCAUACCACCGUCAUCAGAGGAAUUGCCACAAAUCAGACUGA